AUGCAGAACAUCAUCUCCCGUGUCCCAUCACACUUAUCAAAAGUGCUUUAUAUCACAAAACAUGACAACACCUCAUCACACUUUGCAGUAUACGCUAUGUCAGAGGCAUGCGUCAACACACUGGCGAAACAUCCCAUGGGCUCGGAAAACUAUAAGGUCGAGUUAACUGCCAUGCACAAACCCAAUGGGGAACGACCAGAAGAUGAUGCCCGGUUCUUGGUCGACGUUGCAGAUGAUGGGUCAAUGUGUAUUAGGGAGAGAACGCUGGGAAGUGAUCCCGUGGAAGCAGAGGUAUCCCUACCAACGCCACGAGAGAAGGGAUGCUCCUUUAAACUACACACCGUUACAUCUUCGACUCAAAGCUCAGGGUACAUAAGCCACCCAUUACCUGGCAAGAUACAUAGACAACAACUCGUCCGAUAUCCAUACCUCACACUCUCAGGAGACCAUUUCAACGGUACCAACAUAUCCAACAACCAAUACGAAUGGCAGGUCCAUCCAACAGAGAAGGGACCUCUUCGAUACGAACUAGUCGACCUAGGAAAGCAGCGUGCUGGCGAAGACGACGACUCAAUAAUGGCUAUUUAUCACCACAAUGGCUUUGAGAACGAAUUGCCUGGAUACUACAGUUCUGGGGUUUUACUGCUUCCUUCAACCUCAACGUCGCAGUUCGAUAUCGCUGUUGUGUCGAGUCUUUUGGCUGUUUUAUCUGCUGUGAGACAGCAACCGGCAUUGAAGAAGAAAUCUCGACUUCGCUCAUUGAUGGCGUGUCUUUGA